AUGAGUUGUUUAAAAUAUAUUGAAGAUAGUAUCAAUUCAAAUAUUAGGGUGGAUGGAAGAGCUCUAUCAACAUAUAGAUCAAUAGAAAUAAAUAAAAGUAUUUUAGUUUCAGCAGAUGGAAGUAGCAGCGUUAUGAAUGAAGAAAAUAAUGUAAUUUGUGGAAUAAAACUUUCUUUGGUAACUCCUAAUCCAGAUACACAUGAUGAAGGUUUUGUUAAUUUACAGAUAGAUUGUCCAGCAUCUGUCGCUACAAACAGAAUAAAAAAAGAACAUUUACAAACUAUGACUUCAAUUAUUUAUGAUUUAUGCAUAAAAAAUAAUAUCAAUAAAAAAAAACUUUGUAUUUUAUCUUCAAAGUUUGUUUGGAGUGUUGAUAUAAAUGUUAUGGUUUUGAAUGCUGGAGGAGGAUUAUUAGACAUUAUUAGCAUAGCUAUAUAUGUAGCUUUAAAAAAUACUUCUAUACCUGUUGUUAUACCGAAAAAGCAAAUUGAGGAGUCAGAUGUAUUCAAUGAUUCUAAAAAUAAAGAUUAUCAGUUAGAAAUUGUUGAAAAUCAGGAAACAAACUUUCCAUAUGAAAAUGUUCCUAUAUGCAUUUCUAUUGGAGAAAUAAACAAUAAAUAUAUUUAUGAUAUGUCUAAAAUUGAAGAAGAGUUGGUUGAAAAUAUUUUUGUUGUAGCUAUUGCAUCAAGUGGAAAAUGUGUAGCAUUUCACAAAUUAUACGGUAUUUCAAUGGAAAUUUCUUCAAUAUUAAACAUAGCAGAAAACUCCUCAAAAAUUUCUCAUAUUCUUUUUGAGAAGAUCAAUGAAGCAAUUGAUAAAAUAGAAAUGAAAAAUUCCUCUUUAUAA